CCGAACCCUCCGAGUACGUGAGCCGGUUCUGAUGAGACACGUGUACUUUUACCAACACGUGACCCUAAGCUGACACGAGUUUUUCCAGGAGUGAUGAGCGAUGGAAGAGAAGAUGCUGAUGACCCCUGGUGCCUAUGUUUUGGCCAGUGUCAUCCUAUUUAUAAUUGGAUUUGUCGGAUUUUUCGCCAACCUUAUAGUCAUUGUUAUGAUGUGCCGUGAUCAAAGGCUCUGGACUCCUCUGAACUAUAUAUUGUUCAAUUUGAUCAUAUCCGAUUUCACGGUCUCAAUUCUCGGGAAUCCGUUUACCCUCUCCUCGGCGAUUGCGAUGCAAUGGAUAUUCGGCCAUGCCAUGUGCAUCGCUUAUGGAUUUUUCAUGGCGCUUUUAGGUAUUGGGUCAAUAAGUACGUUGACAGUACUCGCUCUGGAGCGGUACUUGAUGGUCAGCCGUCCACUGAACAGGUGCGCUUUGAGCAGCAGGGCUGCAAUUUCCCUCGUCGGCGGGAUCUGGAUUUAUGCAGGGUUUGUGACAGUUCCACCCCUCCUGGGUUGGGGUGAAUACGGCCCAGAAGCGGCCAAUCUCAGCUGUUCCGUCAAUUGGGAGACGAGGGGUCACAAUUCAACCUCCUACAUAAUUUACUUGUUCGUCUUGGGAUUUUUCAUUCCACUCUUCGUCAUUUGCUUUUCGUACAUAAACAUUAUUAGGACUAUGAAAAAGAGUUCUCUGGCCAUGGGAGGGGUGAGCAAGGCGGAAUCGAGGGUGGUUUUGAUGAUAGCAGUGAUGAUCCUAGCUUUCCUCAUCGCCUGGACUCCGUACGCCAUAUUCGCCCUCAUCGUCGCAUUCCUCGACCUGGAGGUCAGCCCUGCCCUGGCGACUGUUCCGGCCGUUUUCGCAAAGACGAGUAUUUGCUACAACCCUUUCAUCUACGUAGGACUCAACACACAGUUUAAACAGUCCUGGAAGAAACUUUUGUGUAUGAGGUCAACGGAGGAAUUCUCAAUGGAGAGGGCGACCACCGGAGUGAGCGCGCUAAGUCCCAGUAAGUACCGGCUUGGGGACGUCACCCAGACGAAGUACACUAGGGCUUCAGUCUCGGACAAGAACAACGGCGAAACCAACAUCUGAAAACUGUGUUAAUGUCAAUAAUUCAAUCUAGGAUAAUAAAAUGUUCUUUUUAGGAAAGAAUAUGUAUUUUAUGUAAACUUGUUGUAUUUGGCAAUAUAUGUGAUCGGAAAAAAAACUAAAUAACGUGGAAAUCGUCUUAUUUCAAAAAAUAAAAACACCCUAUUAAAAAAUUUACUCGUAACACAUCGUUUUCCUGUGUGUUCUUUAGCUGUAAAUUACUAUUUUAAAAAUUGUUGCUAAUAAAAAUA